CGGUCCAUAGGCCCACACCACGGGGAUUAUAUCCUCCUGGCCGGCCACUGGGCCGGAAGUGGCUACGGCUUUUAUGCAUCCGGGUGGGUGCGUCCAGACCGCCGCGGGGGUUCCAGCUUGUCAGCGUGAGGUGCCGCAGGUGUUCGGUCGAGGCUGGAGGCCGCAGGAUCUCAGCUCAGGCUGGUCUAAAACUCAUCAUCCUCCUGGCUUUACUGCCAGUGCUGUGAUUACAGAUUGUGGGAUCAGUGAAAUGUUUUCCUAAACAGUGAAAGGCUAAAGAUGUCUAGACAAAAUUUAGUGGCUUUGACAGUGACCACCCUUCUGGGUGUGGCCAUGGGGGGAUUUGUCCUGUGGAAAGGCAUCCAGCGUAGAUGGAGUAAGACAAGCAGAGUGAUGCAGCCGCAGCCACAGCAGCCACAGCAGCCACAGCAGCCGCAGCAGCAGCUGCAGCAGCCACAGCAGCCUCAGCAGCCACAGCAGCCGCAGCAACAGCCGCAGCAACAGCCACAACAGCAGCAAGUGCCUGGUGGGAGGGAGUGGCCCCCUCCAGAAGAUGACCAGCUGCCCUUUGGUGCUCUGAGAGCACCCAGAGCCUCCUGGGAGGAGAGGAUACUCCAGGCAGAGGUGGUGACAGUAUCUCAGGAGGCAGAGUGGAAUCAAAUCCAGCCCUUUUUUAAAAGAGAGUUGGAAGAUUUUCCAGUACUUGGAAUUGACUGUGAAUGGGUGAAUUUGGAAGGCAAAGCCAGUCCUUUGUCACUUCUACAGAUGGCUUCCCCAAGUGGCUUCUGUGCAUUAAUUCGCUUGCCCAGGCUGAUAUAUGGAGGCAAAACGCUACCCAGAACACUUUUGGACAUAUUGGCAGAUGGCGCUAUCUUGAAAGUAGGAGUGGGAUGCUCAGAAGAUGCCAACAAGCUUCUGCAGGAUUAUGGCCUCAUUGUCAGGGGAUGUCUGGACCUCCGCUACCUAGCCAUGAAGCCAGGAAACAAUAUACUUUGUAAUGGGCUUAGCCUGAAAUCACUUGCUGAGACUAUUUUGAACUUUCCACUUGACAAGUCCCUUCUACUUCGGUGCAGCAACUGGGAUGCUGAGAAUCUUACUGAAGACCAGGUAACUUACGCUGCCAGGGAUGCGCAGAUUUCAGUGGCUCUCUUUCUCCAUCUCCUUGGAUACCCUUUCUGUAGAAAUGCCUAUGAAGAGGAAAACAUUGACCAAAUCAACUGGCAAAAAGUCUUGGAGAAAUGCAGGAAUAUGGUAGACAUCCCAUUUCGAAGCAAAGGACUUGGCCGGCUGGGCGAAGAACUUAAUGGGGAAGCACAGGAAUCGCAGCAGAGGCCGAGAAACAGGAAGGCUAAGAUGGAUGGAAUGGUGCCAGGCAACAGCCAAGGGAGAGACCCCAGGAAGCAUAAGAGGAAGCCCCUGGGGGUGGGCUAUUCUGCCAGGAAAUCACCUCUCUAUGAUAACUGCUUUCUCCAAGCUCCUGAUGGGCAGCCCUUGUGCACCUGUGACCGGAGGAAAGCUCAGUGGUACCUGGACAAAGGCAUUGGAGAGCUGGUGAGUAAAGAACCUUUUGUGGUCAGGCUACAGUUUGAACCUGCAGGAAGACCUGAAUCCCCAGGAGAUUAUUACUUGAUGGUUAAAGAGAACCUGUGUGUUGUCUGUGGCAAGACAGAUACCUACAUCCGGAAAAAUAUAAUUCCACACGAGUACCGCAAGCAUUUCCCUAUUGAGAUGAAGGACCACAACUCCCAUGAUGUGCUGUUGCUCUGCACCUCCUGCCAUGCCAUCUCCAACUACUAUGACAACCAUCUGAAACAACAGCUGGCCAAGGAGUUCCAGGCUCCCAUUGGCUCAGAGGAGGGCCUGCGCCUGCUGGAAGAUCUAAAGCGUAGGCAGGUGCGUUCUGGAGCCAGAGCCCUGCUCAAUGCAGAAAGCCUACCUGCCCAUCGGAAAGAAGAGCUACUGCAUGCACUCAGGGAGUUUUACGACACAGAUAUUGUUACAGAGGAGAUGCUUCAAGAGGCCGCCAGUCUGGAGACCAGGAUAUAUAAUGAAAGUUAUAUUCCUCAUGGGCUAAAGGUGGUACAGCGUCACACCGAGGGUGGGCUGCGCUCCCUCAUGCAGCUGGAGAGCCGCUGGCGUCAGCACUUCCUGGACUCCAUGCAGCCUAAGCACCUGCCCCAGCAGUGGUCAGUGGACCACAACCAUCAGAAGCUGCUCCGCAAGUAUGGGGAUGGCCUUCCCAUCAAGCUCUCAUGAUUGCUGCUUCCUGCAGGUCAGGACAGGCAGGAAGCAGGAGCCAAGGUCAAAGUCACCUCCUACUGUUCAAUGUUCUUAAUGGUCGAAGCCCUGGUAACUCAGCUCAGAAUGCUGACCUGCACUGAUCCCCAGGUGCUUCUGAUGGAGCAAGGCUGUUGUUUGAAGGGGAGCUUAUGGUUUUGAGUUUUAGUUGAGGAGUUUAUUCUUUUCUCCUUCUUUCUCCUAUUUUUGUGUGCAAAAGAAGCUUGGUCUUCAUUUUCAUUCUCUCUCUGCUUUUCCUAAGAGGGAGAAAUCUCUGAAAUAACUUGUCAGGCCCUGGGAAGAUGUUUGUAAUUCUCUUUGCUGCUUUGGUUUUUCCAGGCCAGGGAGAACUUUUUCCAGAGUUGAAGAAGUGACCCAAGAGUCAUGUUCAUAUUCCCAGUUCAGCCUCACGAUUUUAAUCUUUCUUGCUCCCCCAUGUGCAUUUGUUUGGGGUCCAUUCCAACUGUAUUACUUGGAUUUAUUUUACAUGCUUGAAAAUGUUCCCACUCAACGCAUAUAGGACCAAAGUCCAGCUUGCUAUGGGCUUCUUCCCUGCCACAGGGAAGUCCUUUUCUAGCAAUGAGUGUUCAGCUGGCUGGGUUGACAAGCACUGACCCUUUCCCAGGAGAGCUUUGAUACAAUGCUCAGCCUCUCCUGGCUGCAUGUCUCUUGUCCUGCUUCUGAGGACCAUCAUUUCUCAGAGUCAGCGCCCACUCCCUUCAGUGUUCAUGUUCCAUUGCAUUUGCAGUACUGACUUCUCCUUAUUACUUAAUUCACUCCCAGAGCCAUUUAGCUAGGUUUCAGAGUUCUCUCCUGGAGCCUGAGACACUGAAAUUAUUUGAUUACAAUAGAAGUUUAAAAGGGUAAUGAAUGGUUCACCUUUCAAAAUGUUAGACUACGACUUUGAGUAUGAAAUCAAUUUAUUAGCAAUUAGUAUUUUUUCUAAACUAUUAGGAAAACUUUCUUAUUUUAUAAAAUCUUAAAAAGCUUGAAACGAAUUUUAUGCCCAGAAUCCAACAAGAGUUCUAUUUUGGAAUUGUACCCAAGUUGCUUAUAACUGAUCUGACAUUGAUAAAUAAAACAACUUCAAAGCACAAA